AUGCAGGCCAUGUUGUUGAAUGGAUCAGCCCUUCUUAAUAUCUACACAAGCGCCGCUUUCUUGCUACAAUUUUACCUCACAUUACUUGCAGUCCAGAAUUCGAGGGAACUGCCCACCAUCACCUUCGCUUUGAUGCAAAUUGUUCCGAUAUUCAUAUUUCUUGGAGCGGUGCUCGCAACUCUUGUGGUUGCAGCCAGCAACCCUGAUUUGAUUCAUCCGACGUUGACGGGGAUGUAUUGCGAGAUCGAGUCCUCGACUCUCAAUAUCACACUAACAGCAGUGGGCCUUGUGGGUGUUUUGACUACAGUCAGUACAAAAGGUGAGUACCUUACCGGUCUUACAAGGGCUAUGCAAGAACUACCUAUAGUGAUCCUCUUGAUCAACCUUAUUCGGAGAAGAAAGUCCCUUCACUCUCCGGGACUACCUGCAAUACUAAGGCAUCCCUCGGUCAUUCCAAGAGCGUUCGGGUAUACAUUCGUCCUUUUUCUCGUUUUUGUAUUAGGUAUCGCAUCCCUUUUCCUUAAGGACUCGAAGACGCUCUCUCAGGUGUUCGAUAUUGUUAUAUCGGUAGGGUCAGCAGUAACAGCUGUGGUCUUCGCCACCGAAUCGGACAUCCUCAAGGUUUGGUUCUUUUGGCGAAAUCUUAAAGAAACAGAUAUAAAGGAGGGCGUUCCAACAGCAAGUGUAUGA